AUGAGAGCUGUACGCUUCCAUGGACGAGGUGAUAUCCGCCUCGAUGAGAUUGAGGAGCCGAUUCGACCUGCCUUUGUCGGAAUAUGUGGCAGCGAUAUCCAUGAGUAUCUUGCUGGCCCAACGAUCGUCCCUGUCACCCCACAUCCAAUAACCGAGGAGAAGUUGCCAACCACCCUGGGCCAUGAGUUCAGUGGUACAGUUGAAGAGGUCGGCUCAGGCGUUACGGGGUUCAAGGUUGGAGAUCGGGUUGUAGUCAAGCCUAACCUCUUCGACGCUACGUGUUCGAACUGUUCAAUGGGCAGGUUCAACUGCUGUGAGAAAGUGGGAUUCAUCGGGUUCAGCACAGACACGCAAUUUCGCUACCUGGUUCCAUUCCCCUCGACGUCGGUGGGUGGCGAUACAGCCCUGGUGGAACCUCUAGCCGUCGCAUGGCACGCCGUAAGCGGCAGUCCUCUGCAGACAAAUGACUCGGUACUUGUGGUCGGGGCGGGACCAAUUGGUUUGGCUAUUAUCCAGGUACUAAAAGCCAAAGGGAUUAACUCGAUCAUUGCUGUGGAGGUGUCUGAGCGACGACGAGAAUUUGCACUGGCCCUGGGCGCCACUGAGGUCCUUAAUCCUGUUGACGUAGAUGCGGUUACGCAGAUACGUGCUUUGACAGGGAAUGUGGGUGCAGCUGUUGCAUUCGAGUGCUCUGGAGUCCAAGCUGGCAUCGAUACUGCGAUAUCUGGUCUUCGGGUGCGUGGGACAACGGUCGUCGUUUCCUUGUGGGAACACAAGCCUACUAUUGAUGCUUUUGCUAUUGUCUUCCACGAGAAGCAUGUCGCAGGGGCUGCUCUCUAUGAUGAUGGGGACUUUGAGGCUGUGAUUGAUGCAAUUUCUUCCGGUAUGCUCGACUUCUACUUACUUUUUAUCUUCGCUUCCUACUUAGGUAGUAUUCAGCCUCACCCAAUGAUUACCAGUAAGAUCCGAAUGGAGGAUGUGGAUGAGAGGGGGUUUAAAGCUCUCAUCGAGCAGAGAGAUAAGCAUGUGAAGAUCCUGGUCGACAUUUCUGCAUGA